GCAGCGCAGAAGUACUUGGCUAAUUUGCUUGGUUUGAUCAGCGCACCGCUGUAUAACGCUCGGGGCGAGGACAGCGCGGUCGCCCGCGGCGCUCGGUGCGCACCUAGCCUGCUCGCGAGAGAGCCUCCAGCUGAGCCGACUCCUGCAGCUGUGGGGCCGCAGGUGCCCCACGUGGCCGCUGCCCCGGGGUGCCCCUCCCACGGGUGCGCAGCGCCCCCUGGCCGGAGUCGAGCCCACGCCGGCCGGCAGACCGCCUCGGCUCCGCGCACUCCUCGCUGCGCCCCGCGGCGUGAGCCUCCCGCCACCAGUCGGCUCUGUGAGCGCCCCGCGCUCGCCUGGCAGCCGGGGCAAGGCCGGCGGCCGACCAGAUAGCGUGCGGAGGGAACCCGCCCUGCGCCCGCCACCGUGCCCGGAGCGCGGAGCCUGCGCCGCCCUGUGCAGCGCUGCGGGCUUUGUUCAACACUGUGCCACCUGAGCGCCGCCUUUCGGGAAGUCGGCGACCUUGGCGACCACACACCGGGCGCGCGCCUCCCUCUGGACUCCGCGCGAUCAGUGCCCCGAGAGCCGCCUAGGGUUGCGGGACACGGGACGCCCUCCCGCGGGAGCGCAGACCCCAGGAGCACAAGACGACGCAGUUCUCUGUCAACAUGCCCUCUUUCCUGCCGCUGGGGGCCAUCUGGAUCUUCCUGUUUUCCAGAGUGCCCCCAUCCCUGCCUCUUCAGGAAGUCCAUGCGAGCAGAGAGACCAUUGGGAAGAUUGCAGCUGCCAGUAAAAUGAUGUGGUGCUCAGCCGCCAUGGACGUCCUCUUUCUGUUCGAUGGCUCUCACAGUAUUGGGAAAGGGAGCUUUGAAAGGUCCAAGCACUUCGCCAUCACCGUCUGUGAUGCUCUGGACAUCAGCCCUAAGAAGGUCCGAGUGGGGGCGGUCCAGUUUGGUUCUACUCCUCAUCCGGAAUUCUCUUUGGAUUCAUUCUCAACCGGACGGGAAGUGAAAGCACAAAUAAAGAGGAUGCUUUUCAAGGGAGGACGCACGGAGACCGGCCUUGCUCUGAAAUACCUUCUCCAGAGAGGGCUUCCUGGAGGCAGAAAUGGCUCUGUGCCCCAGAUACUCAUCAUUGUCACGGAUGGAAAAUCCCAGGGGCAGGUGGCGCUGCUGGCCAACCAGCUGAGGAAGAAAGGUGUCACCGUGUUCGCUGUGGGCGUUCGGUUUCCCAGGUGGGAGGAGCUGCACGCCCUGGCCAGCGAGCCCGCGGAGCAGCAUGUGCUGUCGGCUGAGCACGUGGAGGACGCCACCAACGGCCUCCUCAGCACCCUCAGCAGCUCUGCCCUCUGUAGCACCGCUGCUUCAGACUGCAGGGUCGAGGCUCACCCCUGUGAGCACAAGACACUGGAGACCAUUCGGGAACUGGCUGGCGCCGCCCCGUGCUGGAGAGGAGCCCCGCAGGCUGACACCGUGCUGGCCACACGCUGUCCCUUCUAUAGCUGGAAGAGAGUAUUUCUAAGCCACCCUGCCACCUGCUACAGGACCACUUGUCCAGGUCCUUGUGACUCCCAGCCCUGCCAGAAUGGAGGCACGUGCAUUCCAGAAGGCUUGGACAGGUACCACUGCCUCUGCCCACUGGCCUUCAGAGGGGACACCAACUGCGCCCAGACGCUGAGCCUGGAGUGUAGAAUCGACAUCCUCUUCCUGCUGGACAGCUCUGCCAGCACUGCCCUGGAGGGCUUCCUGCGGGCCAAGGCCUUUGUGAAGCGCUUUGUACAGGCUGUCCUGAGCGAGGACUCUCAGGCCCGUGUGGGAGUGGCCAGCUACAGCAGGGAGCUGGCCAUGGCUGUUCCUAUCGGCAAGUACCAGGACUUACCAGACCUGGUCAGGAGCCUCGAUGGCAUUGUAUUCAGCGGCGGCCCCACCCUCACGGGGAAAGCCUUGCAUUGGGUGGCAGAGCAUGGCUUUCGGACUGCCACCAGGACCAGCCACGACCGGCCACAAAGGGUGGUAGUCCUGCUCACCGAGUCAUACUCUCAGGAUGAGGUGGCAGGCCCAGCGCGUCACGUAAGAGGCCGCGAUCUCCUGCUGCUUGGCGUGGGCAGCGAGGAUGUGCAGGUGGAACUUGAGGAGAUCACCGGCAGCCCGGGGCAUGUGGUAAUCUACGCAGAACCCCAGGACCUGCUCAACAAAAUCCCCGAGCUGCAGGGGAAGCUGUGCGUCUGGCCACGGUCAGGCUGCCCAGCACAAUCAAUGGACCUGGUUUUCCUGUUGGACGCCUCUGCUGCAGUGGGGCCUGGGAACUUUGCUCAGAUGCAGAGCUUUGUGAGGAGCUGUACCCUCCAGUUUGAUGUGAACCCCGACGUGAUGCAGGUGGGCCUGGUGGUGUAUGGCCGCCGGGUACAGACAGCUUUCGGGCUGGACGCCCAUCUCACCCGCACAGCCGUGCUGCGCGCCAUGAGCCAGGCGCCCUUCCUGGGGGGCACGGGCUCAGCUGGCACGGCCUUACUGCACAUCUAUGACAAGGUGAUGACGGUCCAGAAGGGCGCCCGGCCUGGGGUCCCUAAGGCAGUGGUGAUGGUCACCGGUGGGAGGGGGGCAGAGGAUGCCGUUGUUCCUGCCCAGAAGCUGAGAAGCAAUGGCGUCUCCGUCUUGGUCGUGGGCGUGGGCCCGGUUCUGAGUGAUGCACUGAGGAGGCUCGCCGGUCCGCGGGACUCCCUGAUCCAUGUAGCCACUUACUCCAACCUGCCGUUCCACCAGGACAUGAUCAUCAAAUGGAUAUGUGGAGCAGCCAAGCAGCCAGUGAACCUCUGCAAACCCAGCCCAUGCAUGAACGAGGGCACCUGUGUCCUGCGGCGUGGGAGCUACCGCUGCGAGUGCCGCAGCGGCUGGGAGGGGCCCCACUGCGAGAACCGAGUCUUGAGAGGAGACACUCCCACGGCACGUGGGUCUCGUCAGGAUCCUGCCUGAGGGCUGCACCCCUGUGGCUCCCAGCAACUGCAGAGGCCUGGGCAUGCUGGGAGCUGAAAGGGCACUGCCUUGGGCAGAGUGCGUCUGCUGGGCCCUUGUGUGUCUGCGGCCUGCUCUGUGCACGGCCCUCCUUCCUGCCAGCCUCCUCUGGGCACAGGCGGCAGCACAUGGUUCUUGAGACAGCAGGAGCAGCUGGUGUCACCUACUGAGAGAUGCUGAAAAUGCUUCUUGCUGUGUGAGUAAACACUUUCUGUACCCAAGUGUACCUUGUCCAGGAUGCCACUUGCCCCUGAGGAUAAACAAGGAAUAAUGGAGAAUUCUGAUGGCUUGUGUUGGGCUCCCUUUUGGCAGACAAAAUUUUAUUGGGACAGAAAGCUCCAACACAAAGCAUUUAUGAGGCCAUCAUCUGGGCCACGGAGAAGUGUGGACUGUGUCGUGUCUCGAAAGAUCUCCAGUGUGCAUCUGCUUUAAUCUGGAAAGGGACUUACAUGGCCUUUGUGACUUCCAGUGACUGGAUCUGUGUGACAGACCUGAAAAGGUCUCAGUGCAUCUAGGCACUUGACCCGUUUGGUUGGUGCUGGGGGAGGGCUGAGCACAUAGGUCGCUCCGGCUGGAGGGGCCACCGUGACUGGUGUAGAGCUGGCACCAGCUCUUGGGAGCCGCUGAUCUUAGGUUCUUAUUGAAAAUUUUUUUCAGCUUUUAGCCGGGGCAAGGAGGAGUAGAAUCCUUAAAGCCAACAAGUAAAGGGUAAAGACAAUUGUAAGUUCUGUCUUUUUAAGCACAAAUGAUAUGCUAAUUCUUUUGGUUUGCUUUGCUUUUUAUGCCAAGUUUUAGAUGUUGGUUAUUUAGCAGAAGUAUUUAUACAUAUGCGGCAAGCAAGAUUGUGUGAAGUAUUUUCUGGACAGCUAAGUACUCACCCGUAUAGUGUAAGGGUAAGAAGGAGGUACUAUGUUAGUUGGUUGCUCUUGGUUACACUGUUUAAAGUUAGUUUUUCAGUAGAAGCCGCUGGAAUGUUCUGACAUAAAUCUAGAGACUUUCAUCAUGUUGUCUUUUUGAUACAAAUAUUUUAUUUUGUUGUUUUUAUAUGCAGAGGUUCAAGGCUGUCUUGACUUAAAUGGCACUUAGUUUUAAGACAUUCGGGAUUUCUGAUGCUAGAA